GGUGGAGUUGAUGACAUGACCAAGUUAUCUUAUUUGCAUGAGCCUGGAGUCUUACAUAACUUGGCAAUAAGAUACCAACUUAAUGAAAUAUAUACUUAUACAGGAAGUAUACUUAUUGCCAUCAAUCCAUUUCAAAAGCUCCCGCACUUGUAUGAUGCCCAUAUGAUGCAGCAAUAUAAGGGCGCGCCAUUUGGAGAACUUAGUCCUCAUGUGUUUGCUAUUGCUGAUAUUGCUUAUAGGGCUAUGGUCAAUGAGGGAAAAAGUAACUCCAUAUUGGUAAGUGGAGAAAGUGGUGCUGGUAAAACAGAAACUACUAAGAUGCUUAUGCGGUAUCUUGCCUAUUUGGGAGGUCGUAAAAAAACUGAAGGGCGGACAGUAGAACAACAAGUUCUUGAGUCCAAUCCGGUACUGGAAUCAUUUGGUAAUGCAAAAACUGUAAGAAAUAACAAUUCAAGUCGGUUUGGUAAAUUUGUGGAAAUUCAGUUUGAUAAACAUGGACGAAUAUCUGGAGCAGCCAUAAGAACUUAUCUUCUUGAAAGAUCUCGAGUGUGCCAAAUUUCAGAUCCUGAACGCAAUUAUCACUGUUUCUAUCUUCUUUGUGCUGCUCCUCAGGAGGAUAUUGACAAGUACAAGCUAGGGCCUCCGAAGACAUUCCAUUAUCUCAAUCAAUCUAAUUGUAUUGAACUUGCUGGUGUGAAUGAUGCUCAUGAGUAUUUGGCUACCAGGAGGGCAAUGGAUGUUGUCGGAAUAAGUCAAAAGGACCAGGAUGCAAUUUUCAGAGUUGUGGCAGCUAUUCUCCAUCUUGGUAAUGUUGACUUUUCUAAGGGGCAGGAAAUUGAUUCGUCAGUUAUAAAGGAUGACAAAUCGAAAUUCCAUCUUAAGACAGUUGCAGAGCUUCUUAUGUGUGAUCCUGUUGCACUGGAAGAUGCAUUACUGAAGCGUGUGAUGGUCACUCCCGAAGAAGUUAUUAAGAGAAGUCUUGAUCCUACUGCUGCAUUAAUCGGCAGGGAUGGGUUAGCUAAGACAAUAUAUUCUCGUUUGUUUGACUGGUUGGUUGACAAGAUAAAUGUCUCGAUUGGGCAAGAUCCAAAUUCAAAAGUUCUUAUUGGUGUUCUUGAUAUAUAUGGUUUUGAAAGUUUUAAAACUAAUAGUUUUGAACAGUUUUGCAUUAAUUUUACCAAUGAAAAGCUACAGCAGCAUUUUAAUCAGCAUGUCUUCAAGAUGGAGCAAGAGGAGUACGAAAGAGAGGCGAUUGACUGGAGCUACAUAGAAUUUGUAGAUAACCAAGAUGUUCUUGAUCUUAUUGAAAAGAAACCGGGAGGAAUUGUUGCUCUUCUUGAUGAAGCCUGUAUGUUUCCGAAGUCAACACAUGAAACAUUUUCUCAAAAGCUUUAUCAGACAUUUAAGUCGCAUAAACGUUUCAUCAAACCAAAAUUGUCACGGACGGAUUUUACAAUUGCUCAUUAUGCUGGAGAGGUACUUUACCAAUCAGAUCAAUUUCUUGAUAAAAAUAAAGAUUAUGUUGUUCCCGAACAUCAAGAUAUGCUGGGUAGCUCCAAGUGCUCAUUUGUAGCUGAAUUGUUUCCUCCACUGGUUGAAGAGUCAAACAAAUCUUCAAAUAAGUCUUCCAAGUUUUCAUCUAUUGGCUCCCGGUUUAAGGCACAACUCCAACAGCUGAUGGACACGUUGAAUUCUACAGAGCCUCAUUAUGUCAGAUGUGUGAAGCCUAAUAACAAACUCAAGCCUGCUAUUUUUGAGAAUGUCAAUAUCUUGCAGCAACUACGCUGUGGUGGUGUCUUAGAGGCAAUUAGAAUCAGUUGUGCUGGAUACCCCACCCGCAAGACAUUCUAUGAAUUUCUCAACCGUUUUGGUCUUCUUGCUCCUGAGGUCAUGGAAGGAAAUUUUGAUGAAAAGACUGCCUGCAAAAAAAUCUUGGAGAAGAUGGGCAUGACUGGAGCACAGACAGGAAAAACGAAGGUCUUCCUAAGGGCUGGUCAAAUGGCUGAAUUAGAUGCUCGCAGAGCUCAAAAACUUAGUAAUGCAGCAAAGAAAAUACAAAGAAAGAUUAGAACUUAUAUUGCUCGGAAAUACUUUCUUGCCUUGCAGCAGGCAUCAAUUAGCUUGCAGGCUGCAUGUAGAGGAAUGCUUGCUUGCAAAAUUUACGACAGUUUGAAAAAGGAAGCAGCUUCUCUGAAAAUUCAGACGAAGUAUAGAGGUCACUUGGCUAGGAAGAACUUCUCAGGACUUAAAUAUUCAGUAAUUGUACUGCAAACAGGGAUGCGAAAGAUGGCUGCACACAAAGAGUUCAGAUACAGGAAACAAUCCAAGGCUGCAACUACUAUACAGGCUCGCUGGCGAUGUCAUAGAGAUCAUACAUUUUACAAGAAGCUUGUACAUGCGACAAUUAGGGCCCAGUGCAGAUGGAGGGGAAGACUGGCCAAGAGAGAGCUUCGGAAACUGAAAAUGGCUGCAAGAGAAACGGGUGCACUUAAAGAAGCAAAAGAUAAGCUGGAAAAGCAGGUGGAAGAUCUAACACUGCGCUUACAGCUUGAAAAACGUCGGAGGGCUGACCUGGAAGAAGAAAAGACCCAGGAAUUAUCAAAGAUGCAACAAUCCAUGGAAGCUAUGCAAAGCAAACUGGAUGAAACAAAUGCUUCACUUGUUAGAGAGCGUGAGGCUGCUCAAAAAGCUAUUGAAGAAGCUAACUCAAUUGUCCAAGAAACCCCUGUUCCGGUUGAGGAUACAGCUAAAAUAGAGGCUCUUACUUCAGAAAUGGAAAAACUGAAGGAAUCCUAUGAAUCUGAAAAGCAACGGGCUGAUGAUUCAGAGAGGAGAUGUGCUGAACUCCUGCAAUCAUUUGAAGAAAAGAGUCAGAAGUUAGAAGAAACUGAGAAAAGAGUCAGUCAACUUAAGGAAUCUUUGAGCAGGCUUGAAGAGAAACUGACUAACGUAGAAUCAGAAAACAAAGUUCUUCGCCAGCAGGCUCUGGCCAUGGCACAGAAUCAUAAAUUACUAUCAAGAAGCUCAAGGUCACUUAUGCAGAGAGUUGGAAGCACAAAGGCCGUCCCAGAUUUGCAUAGCACUUCCAUGAACUCAAGAGAUCAAUCCGAGAUGGAAGACAGGCCUCAAAAGUCACUAAAUGAGAAGCAGCAGGAGUAUCAGGAUUUGCUCAUCCGAUGUAUUGCUCAGCACUUGGGCUUCUCCAGAGGAAGACCUGUUGCCGCCUGCAUCAUAUACAAAUGUCUAAGGCAGUGGCAUUCAUUUGAGGUCGAGAGAACAAGCAUUUUUGACAGGAUAAUACAAACCAUAGGCAGCGCUAUUGAGACGCAGGACAACAAUGAUGUUUUAGCAUAUUGGUUGUCCAAUGCAUCAACAUUGUUGUUGCUGUUGCAACGCACACUGAAAGCUGGUGGAGCUGCCGGGGCUACUCCACAGUAUCGAAGAUCUCCAUCCGCCACCCUCUUUGGGAGAAUGACACAGAGUUUUCGGGGUUCUCCUCAAGGUGUCAAUCUUUCUGCACUGGCUGAAGAUUCUUCGGGUGCCUUACUGCAAGUGGAUGCCAAAUACCCUGCUUUAUUGUUCAAACAGCAGUUGACUGCUUAUGUGGAGAAAAUAUACGGAAUGAUCCGUGAUAACUUGAAGAAAGAGAUUUCCCCAUUGCUUGGAUUAUGCAUUCAGGCUCCUCGGAUAUCCAGAGCAAACAUGGUUAAAGGAGGCUCUCGUACUGUAGCAAACUCUGCUGCACAGGAGACAUUAGUUUCCCACUGGCAAGGAAUUGUGAACAGCCUUGAGAAUUUCCUUAACGUAUUAAAAACAAAUCAUGUGCCUGCCUUUUUGGUUCGGAAAGUGUUCGUUCAGAUAUUCUCUUUCAUCAAUGUGCAGUUAUUCAACAGCCUUUUGCUGAGGCGAGAAUGCUGUUCGUUUAGUAAUGGGGAAUACGUCAAGGCAGGAUUGGCUGAGCUGGAGCACUGGUGUUACAAGGCAACCGAUGAGUACGCAGGUACAGCAUGGGAUGAGCUCAAGCAUAUAAGACAGGCUAUUGGGUUCCUGGUCAUACAUCAGAAGCCGAAGAAGACGCUGGAUGAAAUAAGUCAUGAUCUAUGUCCUGUCCUAAGCAUUCAGCAGCUCUACAGAAUCAGCACGAUGUAUUGGGAUGACAAAUACGGCACACAAAGCUUAUCCCCAGACGUAAUAUCGAGCAUGAGGGUGCUGAUGACAGAGGAUUCAAACAAUGCUGUCAGUAGUUCUUUCCUGCUCGAUGAUGAUUCAAGCAUACCCUUUUCCGUUGACGAUCUUUCCAAAUCAAUGGAUCGUUUUGACAUUUCAGACAUCGAACCACCACCACUUAUUCGUGAAAAUUCAGGCUUCAGCUUCUUAUUACCACAAACGACCUGAUCAUCCCCAGUUGUUUUCACAUAAAUCGUUUCUGAAACAUCCUCAAUUCUCAGUAAAAACCCUUAAGUUGUAUAGCUUGUUGGGGAUGUACAUGGAAUCAUGUAACCUUUUGUCUGGGGAUGCCGAAAAACAUUGCAAUUGUGAAUUCAAAUACAAAUACGUGCAACGAUGCUCUUCCUUCCACUCUCCAUCUCACCGGCGCAUUCUAACAUUUUUGAACACAUCAAAAAGAAGCAAUAAUACACCGGGAAGCAUCUCGAAUGCCUUUCUUCCCACAUAUAUAUAUCAGAACAUUCGAAUUCGAAGGUGGAAUAUGCUUGUUCAUUUAUACACAAUUGGGAGAAGAAGCUGUAUCCUUG